UCUGUCUCUGGGGACCAACAAGGUAUCGAAGGGAGGGAACACACCACACUCUGCUUUGCCUUUCGAAGUCACGGUCCGCAUUUGUUUUUCAUCCGGUCCGGCCUAGUUGCGUGCAAUGGAGACCCCCCUGGAGAAAGCUCUGGCCACCUUGGUGUACACUUUCCACAAGUACUCUGGGAAGGAAGGCGACAAGUUGACUCUCAGCAAGAUGGAGUUGAAGGAACUGGUGAAGAAGGAGCUUGCUCUGGGGGAGAAGAUGAAAGACGGCGGGAUAGACAAGCUUAUGGGGACCUUGGACAAGAACAAGGAUGACGAGAUUGACUUCAAGGAGUAUACCGGCUUCCUCUCUGCCCUCUGUAUGACCUACAAUGAUUUCUUCCAGAAGGAUGCCAAAUAGGGGGAGAUCGUACCUUUCUCUCAGGCCCUGCACUGUCAAGACGGCAGCUUAAAAUAAAAGAGUUUUCUCUCCAGUGA